AUGAUGAAGCUUGUGGCUGAAAUCUUGACUGGCAAGCUGUUUUUCGUGGGAGUCGAAGACGAUGAAACGAUCCGUGACCUCAAGAGGAUAAUCGGCACGCAAGAAAAUCUCCCGAGCGAUCGGCUAAUCCUCAUACUCGAUAAUGCCGAUCAAGGACGUUUGAGGAUGGAUAGAGACGAAGCCCCUCUCGAGUUUUACGGGGUUCGAGACGGGUCCCACAUCUACAUUUUCUUCGAGCCUCCGAGCGAGGUCUCGGCUUAUAACUCCCCUUCGACUCCUCAAUAUCCCGCGCCUUCGCCUUCCCCCAUUAGCCCAUCCGAACGAGCGUGA